AUGGAGCUCAAAAUCUCUCACUCUUCCCUUAGAGUACCAGCUAUUAUAUCUCGACGUUGCGAGGCCUCUUGGCAUGACAAUAGGUUGAUCAUCAUACCAAUUAAGCCCACCACCAAGAAUAUCAAAUCCUCCAACUCUCCUUCAAAAUGUUCCGCCAAUAAAUUGACCCUGCCAUUGGGGCUCUAUGGAGAAAGCAGGUUCUCAAAGACUUUGUUAUCCAACCAACAUGAGCGUAAUUCCAUCCGGGCAUGCGCUAAAGUCGAAUCUGAUGAUUUUGAUCCGGUACUUGCCAAAACUCAAGUCAAAUCAGCCGGUCUCGUUUCGGUACUUGAUGAAGUUUUGCGCUUUGGAUUUUCUUGGUUCAAAUUCGCAAGGCCGUAUGCAUUGCGUCAAUCAAUGAUAUCCACCACAUGUUUGUUUGCAAGAGUACUAGUUGAGAACCCAAAGUUGUUCAAAUGGUCUGUCUUAUUUAAGGCAUUUCCUGGCUUAAUUGCUGUAAUGCUUGCCUUUGCUUAUGCUAAUGGCAUCAAUAUGAUUUUCGAUGUCGAAAUUGACAGGAUAAAUAAACCUUAUUUGCCUAUACCAGCUGGGGAUAUAUCACUGAAACAAGCAUGGUUCUUCGUGAUAUUUGAUGUGCUUGUUGGCCUGCUAAUACUUCAGCUAACGAAUGCUGAUCUAAUCACUACUUCUUUUUAUUGUCUUGGUCUUUUACUAAGCACCUUCUAUUCUGUUCCUCCCAUUAGAUUUAAGGGAUCUUCUAUCGCAACGGUCAUUUUGGUUCCUUUGAUCUGUGGAGUAAUUCAAAAUGUGGGCAUACUUUACGCCUCCAGAUCUUCUCUCGGACUUCUAUUUCAGUGGAGCCCCUCAAUUGUUUUCAUCACAACCGUAGCUACAUUGUUUUUUGUCGCCCUUAGCAUCAUAAAAGAUAUCACGGACGUGGAAGGUGAUAUGAAGCAUAACAUAGUAACAUUUGCAGCAGUAUUUGGACUUAGAAAUAUUGUGCUCCUUGGCACCGGGUUGCUCUUGUGGGUUUAUGUUAGUGCUAUAGUUGCUGCCAUUUACAUGCCUCAGGCAUUCAAUCGUUACUUAAUGUUGUCUGCUCACUCGAUAUUCACCUUGUGCUUGCUUUUUCAGGCCAGGAAGUUAGACAAAGCAAAUUAUGCCAAGGUCUAA